AUGAAAAACUUCAUUUGGAAAGUUUUCAACAAUUGGAUUCCUGCAAAAACAGUGUUGAAAAAAAGAGGAAUUGAGUUAAAUACCAUUUGUGAUUGGUGUAAAAGUCAACAUGAAGAUAUCUAUCAUGCUCUAUGGGGGUGUCCUAGUGUUCAAGGCCUUUGGGAACAACUAGGAUUUUCUCAACUUAUGCCUACAACGGUGUUAGCUGCUGAUGACUUUCUCUGGUGGCUGUGGAAGCAUAUGGAAAAGGAAGAGCUUCUUCGGUUUAUUGGUUUCUCUUGGUUGAUUUGGCAGCGACGCAACAACUUUGUUUUUCAACAAAAACACCCCGCGGACCAUCUGUGGCUAUCAUGGGCUGUGGAUUUUAUUGCUUAUCAGCUUGGACAACAGCAGCAACUCCCUCUUCUUGUUCACAAUAAGUCGACUGUUUCAUGGCAGCCCCCCCCUUCUGAUUUUCAUCUAAUUAAUACUGAUGCUUCUCUUAAAUUGGGUCAUUUGGGGUGCGGGCUAAGUGCAAUUAUUAGAAACUCAGCUGGUGAUUUGGUGGUGGCUGAAGUUAAGUACAUCCACGGCUGUAUGACUGUUCCUAUGGCUGAAGCUGCUGCAAUUCAUUUGGGAGUUCAGCUUGCUGUUCGUUGGUCUAUCAACAAAGCUUGGGUUGGUUCUGAUUGCAUCACUCUUAUUCUAGCUGCUGCCAAUAAUUCAUUUCCUCCUACUGAUUGGGGGCAGCUUAUGAAGGAUACCAUCAAUGGGAAGAACCAUUUCAAGGAGCUGAAUUUUAUUUUUUAUCCUAGAGUUUGUAAUAAAGUUGCUAAUAGUUUAGCUAGGUGGAGUCUAAUGACUCAAAAGUCGAUUACAAUGACUAAGAUGUUACCUUCUUGUGCUGCUGCUUUAUUAAUAGCAGAUGUGCCUAGUGUUGCUUAG